AUGUUGGAACGCCACGUUAAGGUGAAAGAAGGAAUCACAUUGUCAGAUGAUGAAAUCAGUCAUAAUCGUGACUCAUCAUCGAACAUUAGUGCUCAAACUUCCUCCAGCAAGGAAAACCUAAAGCGUACGAUAAACGAUGAUCAGAUGUUUCAGGAAUCUGAUGAGGAUGAUGUCUCUGAUCAUUCAGACGAUAGCGGAACGGACAAAUCGAAACGAAAAUCUGUUUUGGAAAUGGCCAAUGCCAUUGAAUCUUCGAUAUCGUUGUCCAGUCCAGUUGCUGUCAGAAAGCCUGCUGUUACUCUCGGGGACGAUGCCGGCAACGUGGGUAAGCCUUCCAAUCAACAGCCACAGUCUCAAUUUUGGUCUUUGCAAGACAGCAGGCGGUCCUCCGUCACUAGCACUCUAUCAAAGAUCAAACGACCGCCACAACCAUCGCCGUCAAUACACAAAUCCCCAGUUCAAGUACCAAAAGAGACUGUGGAUGCAGCAUCGCUAGACUUGGAUAUUAGCUUUCAAGUCUCUCCAGUAACAUCACCAGCGGCAAUAUGUACAAUGCCUGCAACAAGACCCCCAUCACCAAAAUUCAACAAGUCCAGCAACCGAACAGUAACGACUCGGGAAACCAUGGAAGGACCUGGACCCAAAGUACGAAUGACACGGUCUACAUUGCUCAGACUCAAGGGAAAGGAAAAGCAGCGACAACAAAAACAGAAACAGAAACAUGACGAAACGGCUCUGAAACCAAGAACAAAUGGAUUCGUCAACAGUAAGCUGCAAACAAGAUCUAGAAUUCCUCGACAAAAGGAUUAUCCGAAGCCAUGGCUUGUAUCGGAUGCCAAAAAAGCAACGUCGAGAACGCGAACAGGCCAUGCUACGACCCAGCAAGGACCUGAUCCUAGCACCACUGGAAAGGAACCGCAAAUCAGUCAACUGCCCGGAAGACGAAGUCGUUCCAAACCUGCCGCCAAGACCACACAAGCACCCGGAAAGGUCCGAUUGACACGAUCUGCCAUAUUAAAACUACGACAGUCACAAGAAAAGGCUGCAAACCAAGUGACACAACAAGAUCUGGAUAACCAACGCUUGGGCAUUCCACCUGUCAAAUUCUUGCAGAUUCCCAACUCACCCACCAAGAUCGAUUUCGAAGAUGAUGAAAUGGAGCACCCGAAUGAUAUUGCGCGAAGAAAGCUACGGGAGCUAUUCGAUGGCAAUUCCAAGCCCAAGGCGCGGUGA